UUAAUCUCCUUUUCCUUAUCGUUUGAUCAUUACUGCAAGAAGAUUUUGCAAUUGGUGUUUUUUAAAAAAUAAAUUUAUAUUUAAUCUUGUUAUAUAAGUUUUGAUUAGAUAUAUAAAUGGAAGUCAGUAAAUUAGUCAGUGAUUACUCAUAAAUAAACUAACUAAUAAAAUAACUUAACUAUAAGUUAAAUGAAUUCAAUGAAUUUAAACAUUAAACAGCGAAAAUUAGUAAUUAAUUCGUUGUUGCAAAUAAUAUUUAUUAUUUCACGGAUAAACACAAUCAUGGGUUAUGAAUUCCCUGAUGGAUUUUUAUUUGGUGCUUCAACUGCUGCAUAUCAAAUAGAAGGAGCUUGGAAUGAAGAUGGUAAAGGAGUUAAUAUAUGGGAUCAUUUGGUUCAUAAUCGUCCAGAAUUAAUAAAAGAUAGAACCAAUGGAGAUAUUGCUUGUGAUUCCUAUCAUAAAUACAAAGAAGAUAUAGCACUGGCAAAGAAUUUAAAUCUGAAGUUCUAUCGCUUUUCAAUAUCAUGGACUCGUAUAUUGCCAUCUGGGGAAGUUAACUCUUUAAACCUUGAUGGAAUAGCAUACUAUAAUCGUAUUAUUGAUGAACUCAUUGCUAAUGAUAUUAUUCCAUUUGUUACGAUGUAUCAUUGGGAUCUUCCUCAAUAUCUUCAAGAUCUAGGAGGUUGGGUCAAUCCAAUUAUGUCAGAUUACUUUAAAGAAUAUGCUCGAGUGCUAUUCACCCAUUUUGGAGAUCGAGUAAAAUGGUGGAUAACAAUUAAUGAACCAAUGCAAAUAUCUAAAGGUUACGCUCAUUGUUUGUACGCCCCAUGUUUACAUUUAAACAACACAGGCUAUUAUUUAGCAGCUCAUACACUACUUAUUGCCCAUGGAAAAGUAUAUAGAAUGUAUGAAAAUAUGUUUAAAUCUCAACAAAAAGGUAAUAUAAGUUUUUCAAUAAAUGGUGUAUUCUUUAUACCUAAAAAUGCUGAUUCACCUGAUGAUAUAAAGACUGCUGAGAGAGCAAAUCAAUUUGAAAGAGGAUGGUUUAGCCAUCCUGUGUACAAAGGAGACUAUCCAUCUAUAAUGAAAGAAUGGGUAAAUAAAAAAUGUUUAAAAGAAGGAAGACCAUGGUCAAUAUUACCAACAUUUUCAGAUGAUGAAAUUAAAAUGAUUAAAGGUUCUACUGAUUUUUUUUCUCUUAAUUAUUAUUCUUCUCGUUGGGUAACUCAUGGAAAUGAUCUAAACCUUAAUUAUAAUCCAGAUGCUGAAUAUAUGACAUUUGUAAAAGAAUCAGUUUUUAGAUCACCUGAUGCACCAUGGCUAGCAUCAAUACCUAACGGAUUAAGACAACUUUUGAAAUGGUUAAAUAAUGAAUAUGGAAAUCCUCCUAUAAUUAUAACAGAAAAUGGAUAUGGUGACAAUGGACAGCUAAAUGAUUUUGAUAGAAUAAAUUACCUAAAGGGUCAUUUAAAUGCUACAUUACAAGCAAUACAUGAAGAUGGUUGUAAUGUUAAAGGCUACACAGUAUGGUCUCUUUUGGACAAUUUUGAAUGGAUGGAUGGUUUUUCAAUUCAUUUUGGACUUGUUAAGGUAGAUUUCAGCGAUCCUCAAAGAUCGCGUACACCAAAAGCAUCAUACGAAUUUUACAAGAAUGUUGUGUCUACAAGAAAAUUGACGACUGAUACUGUUAGUAAAAUUUCUCCUAAUGAAUAGUGACGGAAAAAUAUUUGAAAUAUUACUGAUUAAAAUUCAAUUUAUCAAGAACUAAUGUUAUUUAUAUUUAUGUUACAAC